AGGCCCACCCAGUGACUCUUCCCCCCUCCCCCUCCCCAAUUACCCCCAAAAUCCUCCCGAAUUGUUGCUGGGGAGGCGCUGAGGGUCGUGGAAGAACCUCAGUGACCCCUUCCCGGCAGCCUCCUCUUUGUGAAAAGAGAAGAAAUGACUGCUCUGCAGUCAGCUCAGGGUCUGGUGUCCUUUGAGGAGGUGGCCAUACAUUUCACGAAGGAGGAGUGGGAACUCCUGGACCCAUGGCAGAAGGCUCUGUACAAGGAAAUCAUGCUGGAAAAUUAUAGGAAUGUGACCUCCCUGGAAGGAGGAGACCCUCUCAUGCCCAGGCCGGACCUCAUCCGCUGGCUCGAAGAGCUGGUUGUACCGCCCUGCAUGGAAGGAUACUCAGCAGCAGGAAGUAAAGAUCCAGAGAUUAAAAGUGAAGUAGAUUCCUACUGCCCCUUGUGUCCCCUAAAUAUCUGGUUUGGAGAGUUGGGUGAAGCCCUGGAACCGAUUUGUGAGGUGAAGAGAGAGGAGGAACCUUCCAUUGUGCAGGCGGAAAACCUUCCGCCAACAGAACAGCUUUGUUCGAUACAGCCCAAAGUGUCAGCAAAAAGAGCCAAGCAUCCCAAGCUGGAAGCCUGUAGCAGAAGAUCUUCCUGCAACUGUGUGAAGGUGAACAGCGUGGAAGCCCUGCUGCAAAAUCCCUUUCCUCAGCGCAGUUUGGCUGAGCAACGCUGCAUUAAAGAGCUCGGUCCCGACCGCCCUGACCUGUGCAUUGUGCAAACCGUGCUGGAGAAAGGCAAGCCGGUCACCCGGAGGUUUAGCAGGACCUGGUACGACCGGAAGGAGUGGCUUUGCGGAAGCACCUCAAAAAACGCGUUCCUGUGCUUUCCCUGCUUGCUGUUUGGCGGCGCCGCCACCUGGGCACGGACUGGAAUGGCAGACAUGAAACAGAUCUCCCUAAAGACGAAGGUUCACGAGGAAUCUGCAAAGCACAGGGAGAACUGCCUGAAGCUGGCUGAGUUGGGCAGAGUCAAUGGUGCCGAGCCAACCGACACUGGCUGCGACGCUCACACCGGGAAGCAUAGCCAGGAAGUGGAGAACAGGGUUGCCUUCAGAUGGCUCGGGGGUCGGAUAACUCCACACCCUCCAACAUUUCUCCAAUGAAAAUAGAGACACCCUAAGGAAAAGCGGGACAGUCCAGGAUAAAAUCAGAAACCAGGUCGGCUUCUCUAAAAAAAGGGACAUCCUGGGAAAAUAGGGACCAUUGGAGGGUCUGCUAUUUAUUCACCACCUCUUUCGUAGAUCUCAGCAAGCAAAUUGUAAAUAGUCAUUAGUCAGAAGAAUGGAAGAUUUGUGUAGCCUGAAUUAUAGACAGUCCAGAGAGAGAUGGCAGUGCAAUCCCUU